GAUACAUCAUUCACUCCAUUGCGAGGAAAGGAACUGGGAGGGCAUCGAAAAGAGUGUACCGAAGCAAAAGGACAGAAAGAGGAGAAAAAGCAGCGUACAACAACGGGAUUCAAAAAAGCAAAAAAGGAAGAUAAAACACACAAGAGGUUUAUUGCAUAUUCGGCCAGCGAAAAGAAAAUAACGAACGCCAGUACAUACUACAUACACAUACUUCAAAGCCAUCCCACGCGACAUUGGGUUGAAUCCCUUGCAUUGGCACUCCCGCUUGACCCCUCCAACCACGUCCGUUGCUCACAUCGCCAACCGUCAAAAAUAUCUAGUGCAUUGCGAUUGCACAACUUGAAUUGAACGAGACCGAUAUCUGAUUUGUGGUUGCUUCCCCUCUCAAGACUCAAAUUUUGAUCAGAUUCUACCAACACAUCUCAGCGAAAGCAAUGGCGACAGGAGUCAGCGUCAACCCUGCGCCAAUUGGGCCUCCCCCAGCAAUGUAUCCCGGUCCUCCUCACCAGACUUAUCCACCUCCUACCAUGUCCUCGAUACCUCCGCGAUUGCCAAGUCACAGCAACCCUCCGCAUGCUCUACGAAGAUCGAUGGAUUUAGACCAAGAGCCAUCGCCAGUUCAACCGGCCAGACAGUCGUUACCGUCAAUACACGAAGCGCUUGGCAACGAUAAUCCUCUUCCUUACCCGGGCCCUUCGCCAUCCGGUCCUCCGUCGCAUCCUCAUUCAGCUCUCUCUCGUCCCAGUACCGAAGGUCCGGCCGGUCCACCCAACCCUUUUUCUUCGGUCGGUACUUCUAAUCCCGCGCCGUAUUUGCGCGAACCACAGUACAACUCGCAACAAGGUUCAGCAGCCGCGGCGGACCAGCAAAGAAUCAGUAUGGUUUCACUGUCCACCCAGGAUUCUCGAAAACAGUCUCUGCAGUCCCUUUCCGGAAAGUCUCCCACUAGCAGUUCGAAAACUGCGCCGACCUCGAUAUCUUCGCCAAAUAGUUAUGGGUCUUAUCCGUCACAACCUUAUCCUUGGCCGUCCCAGCCACCGGCACCUUACGACAGCCGUGCUUACAAUGGAGGUCCCUGGAAACCAAAUCUGGAGGUGAUGAGAAAUGACGAGAAGACCGGGAUUCUAGGGAGUCGUCCUGGCAUGGCAUUGAGUCAACCACAUGGCGACUCAGUGAAGCGCCAAUUCGAUUCUUAUGACGUCGAGUCUUCCCUGGCCGAGAUCAUCGAUGGCUCCACUAAAACUCUUGAUUUCUCUCGCCACUAUGCUUCGAUCGCUCACCAAAACCAACGCUCAGGUCCUAUUCUGGGGACGUUGCCAUCCUUACACGAACUUGAUGAUUUAAUACAACAGCAACAGCGCAAUCAUGAGGCUCUUCUGCGAAUCCGUAAUGCUGUAGUAAGCCAGGAACACGCACUAGCCGAACAAAGGAUUCAGCAACGGCAUGGCAAGGUCGAAAAUGGAUAUGAUGACGAGCAUUCAGGGUUAUAUCCGGAUGGUUUCAAAAGUCCUGGGGGAUUCAAUGGCGGCGAUGCAAAGAAGAGGCGAGGCAAGGCAGCUCCUCCAGGAAGAUGCCACAGCUGUAACCGCGCCGAGACUCCUGAAUGGCGACGUGGUCCAGACGGUGCUCGUACUUUGUGCAACGCUUGCGGUCUCCAUUAUGCUAAGCUUACUCGAAAAAUGGGUCAAAACAAAGCCGCUGCCCUAUCAUCGACCCUAAAACCAAAAAGUCUCGAUCCAUCAUCACCAGUACAUCGAUGAUAUUGGCUAGAUGCUUACUAUAAUCAUCACUAUCUUUCCUAAUGUCUAUUUAUAACUUCCGAUUUGUGUUACUUUCGAACGGCGUUUGAAGAGAAUGGGUUGUACUUAGAAGUUCCGGAGAGAGCUGGCGUUUUGUCUUUUUGUCACAACUCAUAUUCGGGGCUUGUAUCAUUUCCUGUUUACCUUCCUUCGUUUUCUUCUCACCCAUUUUCUAUUACUUGAUAAGCUGGUAUUCCCCUUGACGUUAAUGGGCGUUAAGUUUCUCAUUGGUACGUUUGAUUUACCCUGCCAUAUACAUACAUAUUCCUGUUGUUUUUCAUAGGCUCGUCAUUCAUGAAAAGAAUCUGUUUCGAGCUAAGGAUGGACUGGGCCUUAACUGAUUAUCUCAUUUGAACAUGUCCUGUCACUGAAUAUGCUACGUUUCUAUGCUUAUUGUUCUUUUGUCCGAUCUACAUUCCUCGAAAUGUUCCUUGAGCAUACCACAGGUGUCAUUUUCCAAGGCUUGGAUUAGACCACUUGCUAA